AUGGAACGUUUGAUUAUUUCGAUUCCAUUGAAGCGUGGAACAGAUGACUCAUUCACCCCGUUGACAAGAAACUCAAGUAGUGGAGUAUUACCAUCAAAUUUAUUACGUGCUUCAGCCAGUAACGAAAUUAAGAAGGCAAAGUACGAUUGCUCAGUCAGCUUAAUGACACUCGCCACAAAUGGAAUGGUACUGCCUACGACGCAGCAGCAGUUUAUUUCUACUAUUAAUUUUGAUAACAGUGCUCAGUUCUUGGGCCAACCCUUAACCUCUACUAAUGUUGGAUCUAUAAUGCCUGUAACAACGCAAGCAUAUGCAAUAGAAGGUAGUGGCACUUCUCAAAUAUCUCGAGUAGUGCAUCUUCGGAACAUACCAUCUGAUAUGACAGAUCUUGAAUUACUUCAAUUCUGCAUGCCUUUUGGCAAACUUGUCAAUUAUUUGCUACUAAAUGUUAAAAAUCAAGCUUUUGUCGAAUAUGAAGAUGAGCAAAGUGCGCAGAACUUAAUUGCUGUUUCUACUGCGUGUCCAGCAGUUAUUCGCGAAAAGUAUCACAUUUUUACAAAUUAUUUUUUUUAA